GUUGGAUGACUGGGUCACAACGUCUCCAGACCUAUAGCUCUCGUAGGCUGCUCCUCGUCCAGCAGUGAGUAUCCAUCCACCAAGAUGAAGGUGGCGCCAGGGCCGUGUGUGAGGACGACGGGUGAGUGGAGGCAGUGUGAUGCUUUGGGCCGCCAGAACCGAGCCUAAAGCCCAAAGCCUCGACAUUGCACUGAACUAGCCUCUUGUGACGUGCAGUCUAUGCGAUUAGCUGCUACCUCUGAGCUACUUGUUGUUAUAACACUAGAAUCUUCAUGUUUAGCUCGUUGUCGCUCAGGUUUAAUAGACCCGCACCUUCAACUUAUUUAUACAAACACCAUCAGCAUUAUCAGUACGAAUAACACUGCAAACUGUUGUUUGCCGGCGUCCUGAUGCAACCACACGCUGUCGCUACUAGGAAGUGACGUCACGGCGCUCGUCAGAUAGUGUUGAUGUUUUGGGGACUGGUCGCAGGAGAACGGGAAGAGGGAGCCGCGUUUUGUUUUUGUUCGACCAAGCUGUCGAAAACGAGCAGAACCAUCGCUUCUCUUGCCACUUUCGCUUGGAUUAGAGCCUUAGCUCGGCGACUGAAGACAAACGGCCGGGCCGCAGGCCGAACACAGCCGCACAUUCGAUCCAGAACGGGAGGACUCGUCGCCCUCUGACCCCCUCCCUGCCUCCCGCACACACUCUCCACCAUGACGAUUCUCCCGAAGAAGAAGACCAGCUCCGGGGUCGGCGUCUCGGACCACGCCGAUGACAGUGAUCGUCGAAGCGGCUCCGACCCGCACCAGCACCCGCACGCCGGACGGACCGGAGCCCGGCCGAGAGCUUCGCCUCCGUCGUGGUCCUACCAGCCCGCACCGCCGUCCGCUAGAGACGACAGGCGCAGCAUCGAGGCGAGCUCCCGGCCGCAGCAGGCCUCUCCGCCCCCCGUGGGCUCUGUGUCGCCGGCAGGCACGGGCGACGGUCGGGACAGCAGCAGCGGGAUUGUGGCCGGGUCCCGCGGGGACCUUGGCGUUCCGGCCGGUGUCGUCGGAUGCGGUGGAGGCAUCGGUAGCUGCUGCUCCGGGCCCGGCCUGAGCAAGCGGCGGCGGCAGGCUGGCACCUGCUCCGGCGGGGUGGUGGCGGCUCUGGCCGGCGGAGGCCAGCCCGGCGUGACCGGACCGGGAGGAGUGGGCUCCAGCCAGGAAACGGAGGAAGGAGCCGGAAACAACAGCGAGGACGAGUACGAGAACGCCGCCCGGCUGCAGUCCAUGGACCCGGCCACCGUGGAGCAGCAGGAGCACUGGUUUGAAAAAGCUUUGAGGGAGAAGAAAGGCUUUGUCAUCAAGAAGAUGAAGGAGGACGGAGCGUGUUUGUUCAGAGCUGUGGCCGAUCAAGUCUACGGGGAUCAGGACAUGCAUGAAGUGGUCAGGAAACACUGCAUGGACUACCUGAUGAAGAAUGCAGACUAUUUCUCCAACUAUGUAACAGAGGACUUCACCACAUACAUCAAUAGGAAGAGGAAAAACAAUUGCCAUGGCAACCACAUCGAGAUGCAGGCAAUGGCCGAGAUGUACAACAGGCCGGUGGAGGUGUACCAAUACAGCACAGAACCAAUCAACACGUUCCAUGGCAUCCACCAGAACAACGACGAGCCAAUCAGAGUGAGCUACCAUCGCAACAUCCACUACAACUCUGUGGUGAACCCCAACAAGGCCACGAUCGGAGUGGGGCUGGGUCUGCCCGCCUUCAAACCAGGGUAUGCAGAGCAGUCUCUGAUGAAGUCGGCCAUCAAGACAUCGGAAGAGUCCUGGAUUGAACAGCAAAUGUUGGAGGACAAGAAGAGGGCGACAGAUUGGGAGGCCACCAAUGAAGCCAUUGAGGAGCAAGUGGCCCGGGAGUCCUACCUGCAGUGGCUGCAGGACCAGGAGAAACAGGCCAGACAGCCGCGUAAGGCCAGCGCCACCUGCAGCUCGGCGACUGCAGCAGCUUCCAGCGGACUGGAUGACUGGAGUGCCCGGUCGCCAAGGCAACGGGACUCUGACGCCUCCCACUCUGAACUCACAACUGCCCCCACAGGCAACAACAAGCCCCCUUCCCCUGCAGGGGCGGCUCUCAUCCUAAGCAAACCCCCCUCGCCCUGCGCGCCAGGUCCUAGUAACCAGAGUCGUCACCAUUUGGAGUACAGAGCCAUCAUGCAGGAGAUGUCACCCACAGCGUUCGGUGCUUGUCUCUGCAGCUAUCACUCUGUUGUUUACUGUCAAACCUCAGCCUGAGUCAACAGGAAGCAGCAGCGCGGGCGUGGUUUGUAAGGUUAACUGAGGUGUCGCACUGAGGAGCCCUGGACCAGCUCUUUUCAAUGACACGUGCACACAGUGCUGUUAGCAGAACCGAGCUGAACGCUGUCUGUGCAGGUGGUUGCUGUUCUUGUUUUUUUAUGUGUGGCUGUUGGUCACUAAGUCAGAUCUGCAAAACCAAUGAUGCGUGAUCAGUUAAAUGUUUGUGUACAGUGCAGCAUAUGUUCACAACAAAGUGGAUGCUGUUUUCAUAGAUUAGUGAAUGCAGCCCUACAUCAGCGGUGUCUGAGCCUGUGCUGUGUUGCAGGUCUGACUGACUGGGAGGACGAUGAGAUCCUGGCCUCAGUGCUGGCCGUCUCUCAGCAGGAGUAUCUGGACAGCAUGAAACACCAGAGUGCCGCCAUGCAUCGAGAGAGAGAGCCGUCGCCAGACAGCAGCUGAUAAAACACAACGAUCACCUUUGACCCUCCCCUACAUCACCCUGACCCCACCUUCCUCUUCUUAACUCAGACUCCCAGAAGGAGAUGGACCAUCAAUAAAACAUCCAACCAAGAAAUGCACACUCUUUGUUUUUUUUUUUGUUUUUUUCCUUCUUUAACUCAUCCGAUAGAAUCCGUCGUCAACGCCCCUUCCGUCUGUUUCCUCCCUCACCCCACAACUUCUGGUUACUGUUUAGACGGAGCUUCAUCUUAAAGCUGAUUUGGGAUCAUUUAUAAGAUUUAAUUAACAUUUUGGGCAGCUCUCUACAGCAUCAUGAUUUUAGAAUUUGCCUUGUUUUGGUCACAGCAGUCGUCUGGCUGUGUGGCUGUCAGAGCCUUUGGUUUGAGGAACGCUAAUCAGAACUGAACAAAACAACCACUGCCUGUAAGACAACAUUUACUUUAGUUAGCGUGCUGCCACCUCAAGUCUUACUAUGCUUUGCAGCUAGCUAAUAUUGUGCUUUACAUAGGUUAGUGAUAUUCCUAGUUGGCUAACUCAGCCAUUUUGGAACAAGACUAACCAAGUUCUACACGUUUUACAAGCUAUAUUAGCACAUGUAACCUAUCUUACAGCACCCACAGCUAUAAUGCUAAUUACAUCAUUCCCAUUGAUACAGUAGGUUCCACUGGCAGCCAUUUGGGGGAUUUAUACCAAACUUUAGGUUUGAUGGCUUUUCACUUUGGUAACUUAUUGAAACCGAAAGACCAUCCGGCUGAGUGGAUGAGCUACCUCCACAUCUAAAACAUGGCUACAUAGGUGUGCUAGUGCAAAGAACCUGUUGACAGCUGCCGGGCCUUGGUAAGGUCUAAGUAGUCCUCACUUGACUGCCAGGAGUAGGAAUGAAAACCGUUUUAGUUCUGACAGCUAAACUCUACUCUUGAUAGCACUUUCCACUUGGACCAAACCACCUAAUCCUACAUUAUCUUUAGUAAUGUAAUGGCUCAUUUUUUACUUCCUUGAGUCAUUUCUACCAAUGCAAACAAUACACAAACUAAAAACUUCAGGUCUUGUACCUGGACACUGAAUUAGCAUAUGUAUCAGCUGGAAUGUAAAGCUUCAGACACGUGGCCAUAGCUUAGCUGAUGAUGGCAGGUUAGUUUUGCCCUGAUUCCUCUGAUUGCUUCCAUAGGCAGCCAUUUUGUUUUAGAAAUCCUAAUUAAGAAAAGACCAUCAGUGGCAUGUAGACUAUUAUAACAUAGCACGCAAUCACUCAAAGUCAACAUUUUGAAAGGCAGUUUGUCCAGUUCCAGGUUUUGUAAUGCUGCUAAUGAGCUACAUUACCUUUUAGCUUAGUUGCUAGAAACAUUUCUGUAGCCACUAUGUCAUCAUUUAACUAAAAUCUCCAGCAGUUGCAGCUCCUCCCUCUUUCUCCUGUUUGUCUUCCUUCCCACCGUCAUCAUUAUCAUCAUCGUUUGACUUAUUUAGCUGCAUGUUUAAUUGACCACAACCAAUAUCAUCAUAGAGAAAAUGUGACAACAAAAAAGGAAAGAAAAAUCGAAUUGUCAUACUUAUCCCCUUAAUAAUUGACUAUUAAUGUUGUUAUUAUUAAUGAUAUAAGUUUUGUUUUAUUUUAUUUUCUCGUUUGGGAUGAAAAUAAUUUUUUCUUGGAAUAAAAAGGAAGACUUUUCUCAA